AUCCCGAGGAGACUUGGUUUGGGAAAGGAGCUGCACACUGACUUCAGCUGUACUCAGAAGAACAGACAGGUUCUUCUUCAAAGGGGGAGGGGGAAAGGAAAAGCCAUUAUUUAUUCCUGAAAAGAAAGGAGGUGGGAAAUUAAAAAGCUACUAUACAGCUAGACACACGUAUUUUAAAGAGAAGGAUGCUUUGGAAGACUUUGCUGCUGCUGCUGUUCUAUUACAGUGCUCAUGCCACUGUGACCCACAGAUGGAGCAGAGCUAUGCUUUUCCCAGCUGCUCAGCGAGUCAAGAGGUCCUCAGCUGCCUUCCUUAACCCAGUGUUACAAAACUCACUGGAAGAUGUGGUCCUGCUUUACGAGUUUCUUUUAGCUGAGCUUGACAUUGACAGAGGUCAGAGGAUCUCCAUCAAAGAUGAGGAGCUCGCUUCACUGAGGAAGGCUGCUGAGUUUGACACCAUCUGCAAUGAAAUUAUCCCCAAGAGCAUCACAGAGAUCCGCAGGCUGAGUAGCAUGCUGUCUUCCUACCCAAGGGUCCUCAAGAAAGAAGACUUUGAAAGGACAGUGCUGACCAUGGUCUAUACAGCCUACAGAGCUGCUCAGUCCCAAGGACACCAGAAAGACGUUUGGGCUCAAUCCUUCGUCAGUCUUUACAAAGCCCUGAAGCACGACUUGAUGUUCCCAUACAACAAACAGCCAUCCUAGUGGGAGACUAGAUGCAACAGCAACUCAGCCACCUCUUUUGGUUGAUAAUGGACACAUGUAGCACGUCCACCACUUUAUUCCGUAAAGAAUUUAAUAGCCUGCUCUGUGAAAGAUUAUUUGUUUUCUAGCUCCCUCUUGUGGAAUCCACCUUAUAGUUCCAUUUUAAAUGGUGCAAAAUGUCCAGUCCUGAGAAUUCAAUUUUUGUGCUGGCUUGGAGGCAUAUUCUAGGACAAGCAAAGACGUGAGUCUGGGGUACACCCAGAUAAACCCUUGUUUCAUCCUUUAGAUUUCCUAAAAACAAUAUCUAAGUACACUGUGCUAAUGCUCACAUCCCUAUGUGUAAGUGCUGGAGAGUGUUGCUUUCCUAGCUAGGGAAACAAGUUCAUGUUUUGACUGGCCAGUAAAAGAAAACUUUAAAUAGAUGCAAAGGCCCUCUGUAAAAAGAAGAGGUUUCAUAACUGUCAGGCUUCAGAAAUUAUGCCAUAUAUUAUUCAUUCCAAAUGUUCUUGUAAAUAAGCACUCUCUGAUUCACUUCAUUUGGCUGAGCCAGUUUUUAAUUGCAAUAACAUUUGCGGAAGACAAAGGACAUUGUGAACACCAGCAGCAAACAAAGCCUCUGAACGUAUUCCCUGCUUCCUAGAGCUGCCCUCCCAAACAGUCUGCAAUUAUUCUUUCAUUAUUUGCACAUAGUUUUGCUUCUGCUGCUUGGUUUUUUUUGAAAGGAAUUUGUUCGUGGUGGAAUCAAAGGCAAGACAAAGGUCCUAUUUAAUUUAAUAAACGACACGUUUUCCUGGUUCUGUCACUUGAACGUAGGUCAUCUAAACCCAUGCUUCAGAAUCCUACUGAGGCAAGGGAGGAAGGUGCAUUGAAACAUACCUGGUGCUGAAUUUAGCACUGUGGCUCGGUUUUGUUUUUUUUUUUUAAUAGUAAAUUGUAUAUUCGAGUAUGUGUGUGUGCGUGUAUUUCUGUGUAUGUUCAUGCAUCUGUGCACACAUAGGUGCUGAGUAUGUAGAAGAAUCCUAAAUUGUUCAGUCAGGGAAAAAUUGCAUCUGACCACUUAGCAGAAAUGCUAUUUAUCAAUUCAGUGGUGUGAAUUAUGUGUUUGGGAGCAGCAAAAGCAAAAAUUGUAGAAAUAGUGUAACUGAUUUUAAUAAACUCCCAAACAAAUCAUGGACAGAAAAUAGACAAAAAAAUAACAUAUAUGUUGUCAGACAGAUGGCUAACUAUUAAAAAUCCAAACUCUUCUAAAUGAAAUCCCCUAAUUUUUGUGCAGAAGUGAUACAAACUCUGUUUUUCUAUUGAAAUUAAUGAUGCUUCUACUCCCAGACCAUGGGAAAACUGCUAAACAUUUAUUUUAUUCUUUCAUACCAUCCUUCUCUAUCUCUCUACUGGCAAAAUGUUUUAAGAAUACAGGCCCAAAUCACAAAUCCCUGAGGCUGUAGAAGAGACCUGAAGAUUCCAGCCCGAGUUCUGAAUCAUGUUUAAGUGCUUUUGCAUCACUUGAGCAAACAGAAUUAAUUCUACCGUGUCCCUUGACAGGCGUACUUCAAGGACUGGAGCCGAAAAAUAUCUAUCCAGCACCACCUUGUUGCAGCAAACAGCAAAUAGCACAAGCAGUCAGAGUACACUGGGUUUGGCAAUCAUGUGGGAAUGUGGAACCACAGCAGCCUUAGGGGCAGUCUGUCCAUGGCAUUAGCAGCUGGACAAAGGGCUUUUAAACGACAGAGUCAGUCUUGUUCCUCCCAGGAGUUUCUGUAUUUGUGUGUAUGGUCGUGCACAUCCGCAUUUAGACUCACAUAUGUGUAGGUGCACUUUUAUACCUGAAGAGUUUUGUUGGCCAUCUUCAAAGUCUGUCUGGUAUAUGGCAAGAGAAACCAAAAACCUCAAUUAUAAAGCUAUGGGCCACAAAUGUCUCCAUCUUCUCUACUUGCACACACAGCCUGGCUUUCACAAAGCAGACUUGCACUACAGUCCUCAUGCCCUUUAAGCCCUGAGCUUUAACACUGAUGAUCUGUUUGUGUUCUCUUCCCCCACCAUGCUUUAUAAACACAUAGAGGGGAAAUGGCUACUGCUUUUCCAGCUCUGCUUCUUAGCUCCCUGAAGCACCACUUGCCAGAAGAGCCUGGAACCAGGGCAAUUUAUAAAUCCCUUACAGCCAAUUACUCCAAGUCUGCAAAAAUAAUAAGAAAGAGAACUAAAGCAAAUAU